UGAUAAGUCGUAUCUCACUUUUUGUCUCUUCUACUCAAAAUUUCUUUUAAAGUACACAUAGCAAGAGAGAAGCCUCAUGCCUUUAUUUUUCUGUAGACAAUAAAGGAAAUCGUAUAGCUACCAAGUACAUAUGGAGAAAAGUAAGAGCAGAGUUGUGAGAAAAGGUGCAUGGACAUAUGAAGAAGACAAGUUACUGAAAGCUUGUAUUGAAAUGUAUGGUGAAGGAAAAUGGCAUUUAAUUCCACAAAGAGCAGGAUUGAAUAGGUGCAGGAAAAGCUGUAGAUUGAGAUGGUUAAAUUAUUUAAACCCCACCAUUAACAGAGAAAGUUUUUCUGAGGAUGAAGUUGAUAUGAUUCUAAGGCUACACAAACUUUUAGGAAACAGAUGGGCAUUAAUUGCUGCAAGGCUUCCGGGUAGAACAUCUAAUGACGUGAAGAAUUAUUGGCAUACACACUUGCAUAAGAAGAUGAUUUCAAAAAAUUUAGAAGAAGAAAAAGAAAAAGAAAAAUCUAAAGAAACUAUGAAAGCUCAUGAAGUUAUUAAACCUCAACCUCGAACUUUUUCAUCUCAUUCACCUUGGUUGAAUGGGAAAAAUAUUGUGAAACCAAUAGUGGCGGUUUCAAGGAAAGAUGCUAGUGUUGCUAAAGAUAGUAACAUAGAGAGUACUAUAAUACCAAUUAUUGGUGAUGGAGACUGUGCUGCACCCCCAUCUCUUGGAAACUCAACAAUGUGGUGGGAAAGUUUGUUGGGAGGGAGCAAUGACAAAAUUGGUUCAUGCUCUUUAUUACAAGAAGAGGGAAAUUCCAUUUUAGGGUUAUCAAAUAUUGAGAACUAUUUUAUGGAAGGUUCCAAUGAUAUUAAUGUAGGUGAUUGUGAUUGGGAUUCUAGUUUUUGUGAAUUUGAUUAUCUUUAGAUAUUUUAAAUUAGGAUUUGAA